ACUCCCCGCUUCCAAUGACGGCAAUUUUUUUAUCAUUUCCCUUUUAUUUUUUUUUCUUCCUACCGCAUUUAAUCCUGCAGCGAAGCAAGCUAACAAAAAUUCCUCACUAUAAAACGAUUCAUCAUCUCGUCGUUAUUCACAACAAUCUUAGUCUCGAUCUGCGUUGUCUCUUCUUGUUUUUCAUUCUGAAAGUCAAUCCAAAGCACCUGUUUUCAAUUUGGAUCGGUGAAAUUAGCCCUAAUUCUUGCGUUAAUUCGUCCUGUAAUCUUCUGUGUUUGGAUCGAAGAGAGAGGAAGAGAAAGGACAAAAAAGAAAAGAAGAAGAGGAAAUGCCUUCGUUGAGUAGAGAGCUGGUAUUUCUCAUUCUUCAGUUUCUUGAUGAAGAGAAAUAUAAAGAAACUGCUUAUAAAUUGGAGGAAGAGACAGGGUUUUUCUUCAAUAUGAGAUAUUUUGAGAAUUGUAUAACCAAUGGAGAAUGGGAAGAAGUUGAGAAGUACUUGUCUGGAUUCACAAAAUUUGAUGAUAAUCGAUAUUCUAUGAAGAUUUUCUUUGAGAUUCAAAAGCAAAAGUACCUCGAAGCACUUGACAAGCGUGAAAAAGGUAGAGCUUUGGAGAUUCUUGUGAAAGAUUUGAAAGUGUUUUCGACGUUUAAUGAAGAGCUUUAUAAGGAAAUUACGAUGCUAUUGACUUUGGAAAACUUUAGGGAGAAUGAGCAGCUAUCCAAGUAUGGAAAUACCAAGUCGGCUAGGGCUAUAAUGCUUGUUGAGCUCAAAAAAUUGAUCGAGGUAAAUCCAGUUUUCCGUGAUAAGCUUCAAUUCCCCACCUUAAAGAAUUCUAGGUUGAGGACACUAAUCAAUCAGAGUUUAAAUUGGCAGCACCAACUUUGCAAGAAUUCACGGCCUAACCCCGAAAUAAAAACCCUUUUUGUAGACCAUACUUGUGGUCCACCAAAUGGCGCUCGAGCUCCUUCGCCUGUAACCAAUCCUUUAAUGGGGUCCAUUCCUAAAGUUGGCGGUUUUCCUCUAAUAGGUGCUUGUGGUCCUUUUCAACCUGCAGCAGCUUCAGCCCCAGCACUACUUACAGCAUCUAUUGCAGGAUGGAUGGCUAAUCCAUCUUCUGUGGCGAAUCAAGCAGUUUCAGCUAGCCCUAUUGGUCUAUCUGCAUCUGGUACUGCAGCAUCUAUGGUAAAGCGCCCUAGGACUCCAACUAUUAACCUGGCAAUGGACUAUCAAACUGCAGAUUCUGAGAAUGUACUGAAGAGACCAAGACCCUUUGGAAUAUCUGAAGAGAUGAACAGUCUACCAGUCACAUAUCCUGGCCAGAGCCAUGCCCAUACAUUGUACUCUUCUGAUGAUUUGCCUAAGAGUGUCUUCGCAAAUAUAGAUCAGGGUUCAACUGUUAAGAGUAUGGAUUUCCAUCCUGUGCAGCAAACUUUGCUUCUUGUUGGAACAAACAUUGGUGAUAUUUCAAUCUGGGAGGUAGGGAGCCGAGAGAGGCUUGUGUCUAGAAACUUCAAAGUUUGGAAUCAUGGUGCAUGUUCAAUGACAUUGCAGGCAACCUUGGCUAGUGAGUGUACUGCUGCAGUGAAUCAGGUUAUCUGGAGUUCAGAUGGUGACCUUUUGGGUGUUGCUUAUUCCAAGCAUAUCGUGCAUGUAUAUUCGUAUCAUGGCAGUAAUGAUUUAAGGAGUCAUCUGGAGAUUGAAGCUCACAUUGGUAGUGUUAAUGAUCUUGCUUUCUCUCAACCAAACAAACAGUUAUGGGUCGUAACUUGUGGAGAUGACAAGACAAUUAAGGUGUGGGAUGCUGUUACUGGUAAUAGGCAGUUCACUUUUGAUGGUCAUGAAGGCCCUGUUUAUUCAGUGUGCCCACAUCAGAAGGAAAACAUUCCGUUCAUCUUUUCCACAGCCAUUGAUGGAAAAAUAAAAGCUUGGUUGUAUGAUAACUUGGGCUCAAGAGUUGAUUAUGAUGCACCUGGUCAUUCAUGCACAACAAUGGCUUACAGUACUGAUGGGACAAGGUUGUUCUCAUGUGGGAGUAAUAAAGAGGGGGAGUCACACAUUGUUGAAUGGAAUGAAAGUGAGGGUGCUGUCAAACGAACAUAUUGUGGUCUUGGAAAGCAGUCCGUGGGGAUUGUGCAGUUUGAUACAACCAGAAGUCGAUUCUUGGCUGCUGGUGAUGAGUUCCAAGUCAAAUUUUGGGACAUGGACAAUGUUAACCUCUUAACAGCCAUUAAUGCUGAUGGUGGAUUGGCGGCUUCUCCUUGUCUACGCUUUACUAAAAAUGGAAAUCUGCUUGCUGUCUCAACAAAUGACAAUGGAAUUAAAAUACUUGCCAAUUCUGAUGGGAUUCGGCUCUUGCGCUCCAUUGAAUCUUGUGCUCUUGAUGCCUCUAGAGUUGCUUCUGCAGCUGCUGCAAAGGGACCUAUAAUCAGCACAUUUGGUACUUCAAGUUCAACCACUGGAACAAGCAUUGCCGUUGCAGAUAGAAGUGCUCCAAUGACAGCUAAUGUUGGAUUGAAUGUGGACAGCCGCAAUUUGCCAGAUGUGAGACCAAGAGUUGCUGAUGAGUUGGAGAAAUCUAAGAUCUGGAAGCUGACUGAGAUACAUGAACCAUCUCAACUUCGUUCCUUGCGUCUUCCAGACAGCUUCAUGCCAAUUAGGCUUGUUAGAAUGAUAUAUACAAAUUCAGGAGGUGCCAUUCUAGCAUUGACUGAUAAUGCUGUACACAAAUUGUGGAAAUGGCAGAAGAAUGAGCAAAACCUUACUGGAAAGGCAACUAGUUCAUUACAACCACAGUUAUGGCAACCUUCUAGUGGAAUAAUGAUGACCAAUGAUAUACGUGAGACAAAUCAAGAAGAUGCUGUUCCGUGCUUCGCUCUCUCUAAGAAUGAUUCUUAUGUUUUAUCGGCAUCAGGGCGGAAAGUUUCCUUGUUUAAUUUGAUGACAUUCAAGACAAUGACAACAUUCAUGGCUCCACCACCUGCUGCAACUUUUCUUGCCUUCCAUCCAAAGGACAACAACUUUAUUGCCAUUGGCAUGGAUGACUCUUCAAUUCAGAUUUACAAUGUCCGGGUUGAUCAGGUCAAAAGCAAGCUGAGAGGUCAUCAGAAGAGAGUUACUGGCCUUGCAUUUUCUAAUGCUUUAAACGUUUUGGUAUCCUCUGGAGCUGAUGCGCAGCUCUGUGCGUGGAGCAUGGAUGGAUGGGAAAAGCUUUCCAGCAAAUUCUUACAGAUUCCUAGUAGUAAUGUGCCAGACCCUUUUGGACAGACCCGAGUUCAUUUUCACCAUGAUCAGAUACAUGUACUUGCUGUGCAUGGAUCACAGAUAGCCAUAUAUGAAGCUCCAAAACUAGAGUGCCUUAAGCAGUGGAUUCCCCAAGAGUCUAAUAGGUUAAUCACAGAUGCUGUGUAUUCAAGUGAUAGCCAGUCAAUCUAUGCAAGCUUUGGAGAUGGAAGUGUGUAUAUUUUCGUUGCCACAACCCUUCAAGUUCGUUGUCGGAUUAGUCUUGGUGCAUAUCUACCUUCAAAUCCUAGGGUAUACCCAGUAGUAGUUGCAGCACAUCCAUCCGAACCCAACCAGUUUGCACUUGGACUGACUGAUGGCGGAGUGCAUGUUCUGGAGCCACCAGAAGAGGGGUGGGGCUCCUUGCCUCCACCUGAAAUUGGUGCUGGACCUAGCAUCUCGGCAACAGGCGCCGGAUCUGAUCAACAGACCAGGAGGACCAAGUCGAAGCAGAGGCAGAGCAAAACCAGAAGAACAGAAAUGCAGCAACGAAGGGAUGAGCGAGACGCCACCAGCGCCAAAAGCACUCUACGGUUAUUAGAGAAUACGGUGAGAGAUAUAUUGGCCGACAGGAGGAGGCUGGUGGAGGUACCGUACACGGCGACGCUGGGUGACACCUUGAACGCAUUGGUGGCCAACAAGGUGGGGGCGGUGCCGGUGGCUGCACCUCCAGGGCAUUGGAUUGGGGCUGGUGGCACAAUGACCGUGGAGUCGGAUAAGCUGACUGGGGCUGUGAGGAAGCACUACAUAGGGAUGGUUACCAUGCUCGAUAUCGUGUCACACAUUGCUGAUGAUCGGACGGGUGGCGCUGAUCUUGAUAAGAAGAUGGUGGUGCCCGUAUCCUCGAUUAUAGGUCAGUCUCUCGAGGGACUUAGCCUCUGGACUCUCAAUCCAAACACAAGCCUUUUAGAGUGUAUGGAGCUGUUUAGCAAGGGAAUCCACCGUGCGUUGGUUCCCAUGGACAGCCAAAUGGAGAACGUCCAAGGAGUUGAACUUGUGGAGUCGGCAUCUAGCUAUAGGAUGCUCACACAAAUGGACUUACUGAAAUUCCUCAAGGACCAUGCCUCUGAACUGGAGGAUAUCAUAUCAAGCAGUGUAAAGGAAUUAGGUACCAUAAAUGAGAAUGUUUAUGCCAUUAACGAUCGUACCAAAGUGAUCGAAGGCAUCAAAUGCUUGAGGACUGCUUUGCUCAAUGCUGUUCCUAUAGUUCAGUCCUCUGAUGACAUUGAAGAAGAUCACCGACAGCUUAUAAAUGGCAAAGGGAGGAAGCUCAUAGGUACAUUUUCUGGAACAGAUUUGAGGGGUUGCCAUUUCUCUGCACUGCAGACAUGGUUGCCUCUAAGGGCUCAUGAGUUCACAGAGCUAGUGUCAACCAGCCCUCUAUUUGCAGCUCGGGAGGGCCUCUCACCAAAGCAACUCGUGACUUGCCACCCUGACUUGCCCCUCUCAGAAGUGAUCGACAAGGUUGUCUCUCAACAUGUCCACCGAGUUUGGGUGGUGGAUCAACAAGGUUUACUCGUCGGGCUCGUUUCUCUCAGCGAUAUAGUCAGAGUUAUGAGGGUUUCAAUGUUGUCAAAGAUCGACGUAAUGUAAUCUUAACACUCCUUGAUGAUCAGACAGCGUAAGCAUCUUAGAAUCUUGUUGUCCCUGUUUUAGUACUUUGGAAACUUGUGUUCAUUGUACAUAAUAAAUUAUGCUUUGCUAGAAGCCUAAUCCCAGAUUAUGAAACAUGCAGGUUAUAAUUA